AUCAGUCGCACAGCAAUCGCGUUCGAGGCAGGGCUCUUCCUCUCACACGCGGCCGACUAACAGCCAAGCAGUCAUCCUGUCAACUUCCCAACUCACGCUGUGGGUUAUUUCUCCCGUAAUUAUCGGAUAGAGCACUACGAUGUUUUUCUGCAGAGCGGCCUGGCAAAGAUUUGGGCCUUUGGCACGGAAAACAGCCUACAGGUUAUCUAGAGAUGUGGUUCCUAGGCGUCAGAUGUCAUCGGUCCCAGGUGGAACUGGGGAGAACAUUAUCUAUGCCCUCCUUUGUGGUGGGGCCUUCGCUGGAUCAGUCACCUAUGCUUACAGUACUGUGACGUCAGACCACGAAAGAUUCAAAGACCGCGUGGCUGAAAUAAAAGCGAGACCCAAGACAGAGUGGACACCCAAACCAUGGCCCCCAAAGAGCAGGGAUGGAGAGGAGGAAGAGGAGGGUGAGGGUGCUGAGGAAGAAAGUGAGGCUGCUGAGGAAGAAGGUGAGGCGGCCGCAGAAGAGGCUGGAGGGGAGGAGGGUGAGGCUGCUGCUGAGGCUGAAAGUGAGGCUGAGCCUGAGGCUGAGCCUGCAGAAGAGGUCGCCGAACCAGCAGCUGAGGAAGCGGAAACAGCUGUUGAGGCGGAGCCUGCCGCCGAGGCGGAGCCAGUCGCCGAGGCGGAGCCAGUCGCCGAGGCGGAGCCUGUAGCAGUUGAGUCCGAGGCAGCACCAGCAUUGGAGGCGGAACCGGCAGCAGCAGAGACUGUGGUGGAGGAGAUCGCAGCUGCGGUAGCCGAGACCGCUGAGGUAGUCGUUGAAGUCGCAGAGGUAGUCGUUGAGGCAGCCCAGGAAGUGGAGGCAGCAGCAGAGGAAGUAAUCAAAGUGGCCGAGGCCGUGGAGGUGGCGGCGGAGGCUAUCGCCGCCCCCGUGGUUGCAGAGGAGACAGUUGCUGCUGCAGCAGAGCCGGAGGCAGAGAGCAAUGUGGCCAGUGUGGACCUGCUUGCAGCCGCCUCGUCCAUUGAGGUGAAGACUGUUGAGCAAGUUGAAGCUGUCAUACCAGUGGAAAGUGUUGUUGAGAACGAAGCACCAGUAGAGGCUGCACCAGUGGAGGCUGCCCCAGUAGAAGCUGCCCCGAAGGCCGAAACACCAGUGGAGGCUGCCCCAGUGGAGGCUGCCCCAGUGGAGGCUGCCCCAGUGGAGGCUGCCCCAGUGGAGGCUGCCCCAGUGGAGGCUGCCCCAGUGGAGGCUGCCCCAGUGGAGGCUGCCCCAGUGGAGGCUGCCCCAGUGGAGGCUAACCCAGUGGAGGCUGCCCCAGUGGAAGAGGCACCUGUGGAGGCUGCCCCAGUGGAGGCUGCCCCAGUGGAGGAGGCACCUGUUGAGGUUGAGGCUGCAGCAGCUGAAGCACCAGCAGAGGCUGCACCAGCCCCAGUAGAAGAGGCCCCAGCUGCCCCAGCAGAAGUUUCCCCUGUAGUUGUUGAGGUUGCACCAUCAGUAGAAGUUGCCCCAGCAGAAGUUGCCCCAGCGGUUGAAGCCCCAGCAGAAGUUGCCCCAGCGGUUGAAGCCCCAGUAAAAGUUGCCCCAGCAGUUGAAGCCCCAGUAGAAGUGGCCCCAGCGGUUGAAGCCCCAGUAGAAGUUGCCCCAGUAGAAGUUGCCCCAGUAGAAGUUGCCCCAGCGGUUGAGGCCCCAGUAGAAGUUGCCCCAGCAGAAGUUGCCCCACUAGAAGUUGCCCCAGCGGUUGAAGCCCCAGCGGUUGAAGCCCCAGCGGUUGAAGCCCCAGUAGAAGUUGCCCCAGUAGAAGUUGCCCCAGCGGUUGAAGCCCCAGUAGAAGUUGCCCCAGCGGUUGAAGCCCCAGUAGAAGUUGCCCCAGCGGUUGAAGCCCCAGUAGAAGUUUCCCCAGCGGUUGAAGCCCCAGUAGAAGUUGCCCCAGCGGUUGAAGCAUCAGCUCCAGCAGUUGUGGAAGUAGCAGCAGAAGCAGCACCUGAGGAAUCCUCUGUCUCAGAGCCCAAGAAAGAGUACAUUGUGGUGGUACUGGAGGGAGCACCCAAAUCUGACAAGAGUCCCAAAGUCCUGGGAGUCGGCCCCAUGACUGGAAGGAUCAUCCCAGCCCCAGAGGAAGAUGAAGCCCCGGCUGCUGAGGUAACAGGGCAAGCGGCGGCUGCUUAGGAUGCAAAUGCAGUAGGUCCAGCUGUGAGAAAUCUCCUGGAUCUCUCAUCUCGUGAAAUAUUUCCCCCAAGGAAGAGAAGAGGAUGUGCCUUUCCCCAACCUCCCUCCAAUCGCAGACCCCUCUCCUCAACAUCCCUUACCUUUUUCCCUGUAUCUGUAGUUUAAAACUUGUCGUCUCCCUAUCUCGCUCCAGGGAUUUGUCUGUACAUGUACGUUAGUCAUGUGAUGCCUGCUUUAUGAAACAACCACCUGGAGUAUUUUCUGGAUAUACACUCCUGUUCCUUUUACAGUUGCCUAAAUGUAAAACUCUAGUUCAUUUACGAACCAUUGGCAAUUGGCUUACAUGGCUUACUACACAAGACAACCUGUGACACUGCAUACACAUAUUGGUAUAUACUCUCCUCCCUUAGGGCACACAAUUUGUGUUUUUGCCUGGUUACAACUGUGAAGGGUAAGGUUGUCUUCUCGGCGGUCGUUUCCCAAACUCUGUCCUAGUUUACUACACCUCAGAGACCUCACUGUAAAGCACUGCAAUGGUGUUUGCUUUGUCAGAACCAAAUGCAGUGGUACACACUUCCCAGCCUAUCACUCAUCUACCACCUUGCAAUAGCGAGGCCUGUAUUUGUGUGACAGCAUCCUUGAACAAACCUGUUAUUCUUCAGGUCAAACUGGUUUUAAUGUAAAAAUAAUUUUUUUAUUUUCAGCUUUGAAGCUGAAGUGGUCUGAGACACUUUUUAAUUACACCUCACUUUACAAACUUAACAUGGGUCUUUCUUGGGGAACGUUACUCAGUAGGCCACCUCACUACCUCACUUGUUCUUUGUUGUACCUUUUGGAGAACUUCACUUGAAUAUGCCAGUGUUACAGACAGCAUCACAAACCAAAUUUGCCAGGUUGACUCCAUAGUUUAUGAAGUCACAGCUGAAUAACCAACCAUGUUUGUGUCCUAACACUAGAACAGCAUCACCUCUUAAGAUUUCAUAAGGCAGACAUUUUCAUCUCUUUACCUUCUCCCUCCCCUAGUUGCUGUUUUCCCAUUGAUUGACACCAUUGCAGGAGUCUAUACAUGUUUUCCCAAACUAUACCCCACAGAUUAUCCUCUGGAUUGUUGGAAUAACAUCUACAAGAAAAUAAGGAUCACUUGAGCAAGUUUUGGACUGCAUAGGAUGGGUUUUUGGCUUAGUACAAGCUGUUUUGGUGAAUCUGUCAAAAGAGGCACUCGACUGAUCCCAUUGGUGUCUAAGUCCGUUGUUUCAGUGUGCCAUCAUUGGUGAUGUUUUUCAUAGGCUCACAGGAAGUGGUUUAUGAUAAUGAGUUUUGAAAAACAGAUAUUGAAGGCUAACCAACUGAAUAGCUCAAUUUGAUCAAGAAAGUCCAAAUAAGUACUUGUACUUAUCAGAGAAUCCAUAGAGUAAUGUAUUGUGUUUGACAAAAUAGUUUUCUCUUAGCUUCACUCACUUGUUAUAUUUAAUUUGUUGCUGUUUUAGUCAUUUUAAAAAGGGACCGAGAUGUUGAAACGAAUGUAAGCUUAUUCCUAAUUAAUCAAGAUUGUUCAGUGUCUGCCUUCAUGUUUGCAGGCAGGUUUUAUAAUAGUGGUUUGUUCUGCUCUGUGAAUGGAUGGCUUGGCAGUGGUCUAGUUAAGGCCAGAAACUGUGACUGACUGUGACACAUUGCUGUUUUUGUGAAAUAAAGAGGUAAUCAAAAGGAA